UGGACGCUAGGGAAGCAACAAGCUUGAUUGAAUCACAUAGCCUAUGCUACAAUAACGAGACGGCUAUUUGUCCGUUUAUCCUCAGAAGCAAGCCGUGCAUUUGGUGAGUGAGAGCUGUGGAGGGGAGAUGUCGGCCAUGUACAAAGACGACCAGGAUGACUGGAUGACCGUCUGCCUCAAAUACCUCCUCUUCGUCUUUAACGUCCUCUUCUGGGUUGGUGGAGCGGCGGUGAUGGGCGUGGGCAUCUGGACCCUGAUAGACAAGAGUGACUACCUGAGCCUGCUGGCCUCCAGCACCUUCGCCGUGUCCGCCUACAUCCUCAUCCUGGCCGGGGCCCUGGUCAUGGUCACGGGCUUCCUGGGCUGCUGCGCCGUCAUCAGGGAGCAGAGGAGCUGCCUGUCCACGGUGAGGGAGCCCUCCCUGGGCAGGGUGACUACUCUAGGCCCCAGGCUUUCUGGAUGUCUGGAAGGCCCCUGGGUCUUCUGAAUGUUUAUGUUGAUUAAAGGGAUAGUUUGCACACAUUACAACAUUAGUUAGAUACAUUAUAUUGAAAGUAGUGUAUGGCUCAUAGAUAACUUUCAGGGUAAGAUACUAACUAAUGCUGUAGUUUGUGUGAGAUAUCUCUUUAAUGGCAGUGUUGGUGUUUGCAUAAGAAAGGGGCUGGUUAUAUACUAUAGCUACAGGUGACUAGUGAAAUGAGAGCACACAAUGAAACAAGGAGAAUGGAGCUAUCUGCACUCUGUUCUCCUUAAGGGAAUAUUCAUUUAGAACAUCCGUUUAGCUUGUUCCAAUUCAAACUCACCUUGGUUGCACUCAUCACUUUUGGGUACAUUGUAUACUUUCCUUUACCCCAGAUACCGGUUUCCUUUGAAACGUCCCUGUACCUGAUGCUCCUUCCCUGCACCCCUGCUCUCACAUCUCCACUUGUGUCUUUCUCUUGUGCGUAUGCGUGUGUGUGUGUGCGCAUGUGUAUCUGUGUGUGUGUGUGUGUACACGCUGGGAGCUGACAAAUGAGCUGACAAUACUGUCCUCAUUGUUUUAAAGAUACAGGCCAGGCAGGAGAGGAGCAGGCCGGAGGUGAGCCACUAACUCUGCUACUGCAGCAGGAUUGGUGUGUUGGCCUAUCAACAAGUGAGUCAGAGAGGGAAAGGGGAGACAAACAAAGACAAAGAGAGGGGGAAAGAGAGAUAGAAAAACAAAGAGGAGGAUAACAGAGAGAGAGAACGCAGUUUCAAUAAAGUGCUGGAGGCCAGG